ACUGUUCAGCUCACUUUCGAACCGAAUCGAACCGAACCGAUUUGUGCUCUGACACUUAGCACCGCUUUUGUCCGCAUAGAUUAGCACAGGGACAAGAGACGGUGGGUUAAUUUUGAAACUCACCAACAACCCCCAAUUCCAAAGCUCAAAAUCUGACUCUAUCAAAUUAGGUAUUUCAAUUUCUCAAUCCUUCUGCCGAUCAAUUUCGCUUGUCCACAUAAUUUAAGGUGGUAUUUAGGAUGGAAUCACCCAAAAGUCAACUUGAAAACAAGCCCUCGCCUGCUGCGGCAACCCCACCGAUCACUUCAUGUCGAAGAAAGAAGAAGGAUGAUGCCAACUUCUUGGAGGAUUUGAAGGACCAUAUUGAUGAAUUUGUCAAUGCAUCUAUGGAUGAACACAAAACUUGUUUCAAGAAGACUAUGCAGAAGAUGUUUGGAAUGUCAAAGAUUGUUGCUGAGAGGAGUUCUGGCACCAAGGAAGUUGAAAGUUCUUUGCCUCUUAGAACAACAGUGGCAGACUAGAAUUUGUUCCCGUAUAUUUUGGUGAUAGUUUGAUCUACCCCUGUAACCAAAAUUUUCUGGCGUCAAACAAAUUUUGGUGAUAUAGGACCUUAUCGUUCCUUUUUUCGGUAAAACGUAGAACCUUAUUUUGGCUACGUAGUGAUGUAUGGUUUGUCCGGAUUGUGUUACUUCGACUGCAAUUUGGCUAGUGUCCAAAUCUUAGCAUAGGCCCACCUUGUAUUUGAUAACUUUUUCACCUCAAAAUCCUAAAUACCCAAAAGCUAGGAAUCAUAUCAACUAAGAGGAGGUCGUUGAUUUGAUUUUCA